UGGGGCCGGAGGGGUGCGCGGCCACGAGCGGGCUGCGGGGUAGAGAGUCACGGAGCCAGAUGACAGGAGGGAGGUAGAGGAGCGGAGACGACGACGGCAGACGCAGAACAGACUAUGCAGUUUCGCUCCCGACUCCGCCGCGGUAUCAGUUUGGAGGUGAUAUUCGAGGAGGACUACCUCCGGCCGGGUCAGCAGGGAUCACCGGCGGUCAGAGCCGGGUCAAGGUCAAGGUCACCGGAGCGGCUUCCGCUCCGCGCGCCAAGCCUCAUGACGCUCAACGAGGACGAAGACGCGUACCCCAGCUGCUGGGACGACGACGACUUCAGCCGGGGCGCGGCCACCAUCAGCCGGCGACAGAUACUGGGCCUGACGCAGCUGUACGGCGCGCCGCCGGCCGCCGACGCCGACGGCGACGCCACGCGUCGCUGGGUGGACGCCCACUCGCCGAGACGGCGGCCGAUGACCGUCGGCGAGCUCCGUCACCGGCAGCGCGGCGUCGACUUCCUCAGCAGGUACCGCCUGGCCGACUUGCUCGUCAACGACAACAUCGUCAUCGUCGACACCAGUCCGCCGUCACCCGACCCCGACGCCGACGACGUCGACGACGACGACGACGAAGCGGGCGGGACGGGCGCCGUCGACAGCGGCGAGCUGCCGGCGCCGCUGACAGUGCGCCGCGUGGCCGACCGCUUCGAGCAGCUGGCGCGCGCCGAACCCGACAGCUACGUUCUGUGGCGCGACACGGCCCGGCUCUCCGGCAUCCGCGCCAACCCGAGCAGCAAGAUCUUGCGCUCGGACGCCGGCGCCGGCGCCAGCGCCGGCAACCCGGACGUCUGCCACCGGCUCUUCCAGCAGGAGCUGCACGAGCUAUUCCGCGUGCGGCGCGCCGCCUCCGACGGCGCCGGCGACACGGCCUCCGGCUCGUCCGACGCCGACGACGGCGGGGACGACGGCGGCGACGCGGCUGACGGCGACUCGCUCUUCUCCUCCGACGCUAGCAGCGGCGUUGAUGGUGGCGUCGGCGUCGACGGCGGCGUGCGCACCAUCACCCCUGAAGCUUUGGUGCGCCCGCCGCCCGUCUAG